UUAUUUUAUUCCAAAUAAAAUUACUCGGAAGAAUUUCUUUAUAAUAUUGAGAAUUUGUGAGGCAUCGCUUUGUUUACCCCAAUGGAAUGAUAGCAAAGUCUUUUGACUUCUUGCAGGUUGAAGACAAACCGAGACCCACAUCAAAACAAUCAUCCCUACUGCCCACAUGGAAGUGUGAACAAAGACAUUUGCUAAUACGUUGGAUUGUUGUUGUAUUAACCCUUGUUUAUUUAUUACUCCGUACAUCCUCCAUGAAACCUCCUUUCAAUACUAUAACUAACCCACCACACUUUUACCAUCUACAUUCACAUAUCUCUGUCGAAUCCUUAAGAAAUCAACAACACUUAUCUGGAAACUUUGUUCUUUUGUGCUGUAAAACUAUUUGAUUUUUCAACAUUCAUAAACAAGAUUACGGAGCAGGAGUUUCUUAAGAAACCCCCAAAAGACGAAGCUCUUUGGGUACUGUGCUUUUGUUCGCAUUAGCAAAACUUUGUUGUUCUUUGGUGGGCAAUGGUGGAAAGUUAUUGGAUCUGAAGUCUGUUUAGCUGGGCUGUAAGGUUCUUUAGGCCACAUUUUAUGGAACCUUAUCCUGAUUUCUGAUUUAUGAGAUUUGUUUCGAGAUUGCGGGAAUAAAGGGUAAUAAAUCAGUUGUAAAUCUAUCAGAUAGAGAGCGAGAAAAAUUAGAAUUAGGGUUUGGAUUUCUUUUGUUGCCUUCCAACUGUUUGUGGUUUUGUCUGAGAGAAACACAGAAAAAAGUUGACUUUUGGCUUUCAGUGAUUGAUGAUCUUAUCAUCACCCUAAUUGAUCGGUGCUUGAAGUUUCUUCGUAUGCUGCAAAGCUCAUAAACAUUGAGAUUAUUCGUUAGAUCAUCUUGCUGAGAAGCUCAAGUAAAGCAUAAAAAUGGCUGCAAAGCUUUUGCAUUCACUAGCAGAUGACAACCCAGAUCUGCAAAAGCAAAUAGGAUGUAUGACCGGUGUCUUUCACAUCUUUGAUCGCCACCAUAUUGUUCCCGGAAGACGCUUUCCCGGCCACAGCCCUAAGAGAUUCCCUCCUGGUUCCCCGCAGUUCGACAAUGGAACCACUGAAAGCGAGUCAAGUAACUCAUACCAGAGACAAUACAUUUCGGAAAAACAUUCAAACAAGAUUGUACAAGACAAACACAGGGUAUCAACAGAAUCAUCACGAGACUCUUUCUCAUCAAUGUCUAGAUCAUCUUCUUUCUCCUCUAUAGACUGCAACAUCAAUCGUACUACAACAACACAUCCAGAACCAGAUCAGAUCGUGUUCCCAGAAACCCCUUCAAGAGACACCCCAAGGCCCCAAUCGUGUGGGUCCCGUCAGAGUGUUGACCUUCGGGACGUGGUCAAAGACUCCAUGUACAGAUCACAAACACCUGAACAUAACCAUCGAGAAUUUCAAGAACCAAAUUGGUAUUACAAUGAACCUCGAGAACUUUCAAGAUCAAAAUCUUAUCAAUUUAGAGAUGGGUCGAGUUAUCAUCCAGUACCCAAAGAUUGCCCCCGGUUUUCUUAUGAUGGAAGGGAAACAAAUCGUUUAUUGUUUCAAUCAAAAACCAUGAAUUCAAAUUCAAAGCAAGUGGAAGAUCUUCCAAGACUUUCUUUAGAUAGUAGAGAGAGUUCAACACGUAGUCUCAAUACAGUUUCAAGAAACCCAACUCCUAGUGUUGUAGCCAAGUUGAUGGGAUUGGAUACUUUGCCUGAUUCCGGUUCCGGUUCCGGUUCUGGUUCUGGUUCCGGUUCCGGUUCCGGUUCCACCAAAGAAUUGGGAUUGGGCCCGAUUAGAACAACCCCAGUUGAGUCUUUAAAAGGAAGUGAUUAUUUUGGGCCUAUAAAAAUGCAAAAUUUUUCAAGAACCACAUUGAAAGAACCAACAUCUCCAUCAUGGAAGAAUGCUGACAUGAAACCGAGUUCAAGAUUCCCGAUGGAACCGGCUCCAUGGAAGCAACGGGAUGGUGGGGCCCGGAGUCCUCAGAGGCCGGGUUCUCGUGUGAUGAAAUCACCAACCAAGAUUCAGAGCCCUUACUCUUCUGUUUAUGGUGAAGUUGAUAAAAGAUUGAAAGAUCUUCAGUUUACACAAUCGGGAAAGGAUCUGAGAGCUCUUAAGCAGAUUCUAGAAGCAAUGCAGUCAAUGGAAUCACGGAAAGAAGGGAAUCAGUCAAUGGAAUCCCGGAAAGAAGGAACACAAGUUAUGGUGAAACGACAUUCUGUUUCCAAUUCCAGUCAGAAUGAAAGAUUUUCAGAUCGUGGAAGAUCUCAUCAAAACCCUUAUGAUUCCCCCAUUGUGAUCAUGAAACCUGGAAAGCUUGUUGAAAGAUCGGGUAUGCAUGUUGCAGAAUUCCCCAUUAGUAUUCCUAAAACUACAAGAAGAGAGAAUGGUGGUGGAAGACAUACAAUUACAAAUACAAAUACAAAGACUCCAACAAAACAACAAAAUUCGGUGACAAAUUCCGGGAAGAUUUCCGGGGCUAUCAGCCCGAGAUUACAACAGAAACGGGCUGAGUUGGAGCGGCGAUCUCGGCCGCCAACACCUCCGGUGGCGGAUUCCGGUAAGUCAAAGAAACAGUUGACCAGACAGCUGUCGGAUACGACUUCACCUGGUGGAAGAAGGAGGCCGAAAUAUUCAAACAUUCAACAAAAUGAUGAUCAGUACCAUGGUCAAAUGUCUCAAGAAGUGGUCAACACUCCUGAAUUUUCUCAACAAAUUGAUAACAUGCAGAGUCCUAGCUCAAUACAAGAGAAAUCGAGUUUGAUCCAGAGGGAGGAUGAAUCACAUGAUCCAGAAUAUCCAAGUCCGGUUUCUGUUCUUGAUGAUGCUGUUUAUAUGGAUGAUUCCCCUUCUCCUGUGAAACAUAUGCUCAAGACUUUGAAAGAUGAUGCUACUACUGAAGCACCUAAUGAGAAGUUCAUCAAGAAUAAAUGGGAAAAACCGGACAAUAAUACCCUUCCAGACAUAACAUGUUCUUCGGGUAUUAGUAUCACAUCCGAAAUAAACCGAAAAAAGCUACAAAACAUCGAACACUUGGUUCAAAAACUCACAAGGCUGAAUUCAAGUCAUGAUGAAGCACACACAGAUUACAUUGCAUCUUUAUGUGAAAACACAAAGCCUGAUGACAGAUACAUCUCAGAGAUCUUGUUAGCUUCUGGGCUUCUUUUAAGAGACCUCAAAACUUUCCAGUUUCACUCUUCUGGACACCCUAUUAACCCUGAGUUAUUUCUAGUAUUGGAACAAACCAAAUUCAGCAAUCUAGCAAAAGACAAUUGUACCCCUGAAAAGCUUCUCAAAAAGGAAAAACUCCAUAGGAAGCUUAUCUUUGACACUGUGAAUGAGGUUCUUACAGGGAAAUUCGGGUUGUUGGUGCCUUGUGCUUCUUUUAAGAUUGUGAAGAAGACAUUGAAUGCUCAGAAACUUUUGAGGGAUUUGUGUUUGGAGAUAGAAGAGUUGCAGGUGAGAAAGAAGAGAGAAGAUGUGAGUUUGGAGGAGGAAGAUGAUGAUGGUUUUAAGAGUAUUAUGUGGGAGGAGGUGUUGAAUAAGGCAGAAAGUUGGACGGAUUAUGAUGGUGAAUUGCCUGUUAUUGCUUUGGAAGUUGAAAGAUUGAUUUUUAAGGAUUUGGUUAAUGAAGUUGUUUUGGGGGAGGCUGCUGAUGGUAGAAGAAUAAAGCCUGGAAGACGUUGCAGACAGUUGUUUUCAAAGUAGUGGUUUUUUUUUUAAUUUUUUUUUUUAUUUAAAAAUAUUGUAUACCCUGUUGUUGAAAUUUCGGUUUCUUUUUGGGUUUUGUUUUUAAGAUACUUUCUUGAUUAUAUAUAUAAUUCUACUUGGUUUUUAUA